UCAACUGUCCACGGUCCCAACAUCUCAAGUCCUGCCAUCCCCCGCGGCGCCCUUCCAACCCACACAUUCAUUCAUUCAUUCUCUCCCCCUCCUCUCUCACUCUCUCCCCCUCUCUUCCCCCCGCCCGUCCCUCGCUAUCAGCUCUCCAUUAUGGCAGCUAAAACUGCGACAAAUGGCACCGUACCAACUGCCGCGAAUACCGCGACGAGCAAAUUCUUCGAGGACUAUGGUGUUUGGAAGGAAGCGCCCGUGUUGAUCGGGAGCACGAAAUUCGAACCACUGCCUGAUGUCAAGAACAUCAUGAUCACUGGCGGGGCAGGAUUCAUUGCUUGCUGGCUGGUGCGACACCUUACCCUGACCUAUCCCGACGCAUACAAUAUCGUUUCCUUCGACAAGCUCGACUACUGUUCCUCGCUGAACAAUACUCGAGUCCUCAACGACAAACGCAACUUCAACUUCUACCAUGGCGACAUCACAAACCCCUCCGAGGUGAUGGACUGCCUACAGCGAUACAAUAUUGAUACCAUCUUCCACUUUGCCGCGCAAUCCCACGUCGAUUUGAGUUUCGGUAACUCGUAUGCCUUCACACACACCAAUGUCUACGGUACCCACGUCCUUCUGGAGAGCGCAAAGAAGGUCGGGAUCAAGAAGUUCAUUCACAUCUCGACAGAUGAGGUCUAUGGCGAGGUCAGGGAUGACGCAGAUGAUCUGCUCGAGACCAGCAUCCUGGCACCAACCAACCCAUACGCGGCGAGCAAGGCGGCAGCAGAAAUGCUUGUCCACUCGUAUCAGAAGAGUUUCAAAUUGCCUGUGAUCAUUGUGCGGAGCAACAAUGUCUAUGGCCCGCACCAGUACCCCGAGAAAAUUAUCCCCAAGUUCAGCUGUCUGCUGCAACGCGGACAACCUGUCGUCCUGCACGGGGACGGAUCUCCCACACGACGAUACCUCUUUGCAGGCGACGCAGCGGAUGCGUUUGACACGAUCCUCCACAAGGGCACGAUGGACCAGAUCUACAACGUCGGCUCAUAUGAUGAGAUCUCGAAUUUAACAUUAUGCUCGAAGCUCCUCACCUACUUGAACAUCCCCCACGAGACGCAAGCAGAGCUCCACAAGUGGGUCAAGCACACCAAGGACCGCCCAUUCAACGACCACCGAUACGCGGUGGACGGAACGAAACUCCGACAGCUGGGCUGGGAGCAGAAGACUAGUUUCGCGGAUGGGCUGGCCAUCACGGUUGACUGGUACCGAAAGUUCGGAGAGAGAUGGUGGGGGGACAUCAGCAAGGUGCUCACGCCCUUCCCCACGGUUGCCGGGACGGAGGUGAUUGCGAGCGAGGAGCCGCUGGAGGAUCUCCAGGGCGACAUGGUCGUGGACCACGAUGAUUAAAAGGCGGAACGGAACGGGGUUCACAAAGCAAGGAAUGCUGGCCAGGUGGCCCAUGCUGCCACUGCUGCUUCGUACCGUACAUGCGAUGCUGCGGGCACGAAACAAGGUACCUACAGAUGUCGCUCAGGGGAGGGAUGGAUGGAUUUAAUAGCCGGGCUCAAGCAAGGAGGGAAAAAGAAAAUAGGAACGAAUGAAGCCUGCGAGCUUGAAUUUUCCACUGUCGUGCAGCCUUUGACCCAUACUUCCAAAUCUUUCAUGAUUCCUAAUUCGUAAUUCUUCUUA